UUGAAGAUAUAGAAAUGACCAACAAACAUGUGAAAAGAUAUUCAGCUUCAUUGGUCAUUGAGGAAAUGAAUAUCAAAGCCACAAUGAGAUACCAUUUCACAUGUACUAUGAUGGCUAUAAUUUAAGAACAAAUCAAAACAAAACGAAAACUACAAGCAUUGGUGAGGAUCUAGAGAAGCUGGAACAAGUUAGAACCUUAUACUUUCUUGGUGGGAAUAUAAAAUGGUGAAGCCACUAUAGCAAACAGUUUGGUAGUUCCUCAAAAACUUCAAUAUGUGAUUACCAUAUGACCCGGCAAUUCCACUCCUAGAUAGACACCCACAAUAAUUAAAAACAGGUAUUCAAACAAGUACUUGUUCACUAGUCUUCAUAGCAACACUAUUCACAAUACCCAAAAGGUGGAAUGUCCAUCACUGGAUGGAAAGAUGAAAAAACUGUGGCAUAUUUAUACAGAGGAAUAUUUUUUAGCUGUAAGCAGGAAUAUAGUACUGAUGUAUGCUACACUGUAGAUGAACUUUGAAACUUUAUGCUAAAUGAAAGAAGGCAUAUGCAAAAGGUCACAUUUUUUAUUGCAUUUAUGUGAAAUGUCCAGAAGAGGUAAAUCCAUAGAGAUAUAAAGCAUGUUAGUGGUUGUCAGGGGCUGGAGGAGGGAGAAUAGGAGUACUGCUUAAUGAGUACAGGGUUCAUUUUGGGGUGAUGAAAAUAUUUUGGAAGCAGGUUGAGGUAAUGGUUGCAUAACACUGUGAAUGUACUAAAUGCCACUGGAUUGUACAUUUAAAAAAUGGUUAAUAUUAUUGUAUAUGAAUUUUACCUCAAUUUUAAAAAUUACAUCAUACAGUUUCUGUGAUCUCACAAAUAAUUGUGGCUUUGCUGUCAUAGUUACCUUGUGACUGUUGGAACCCAUGUGCUUUGUAGCAUUAGUACAUUGGGAAGUUCUUUUCAGCUGUGGGCAGGAAAACCUGAAGACAGACGAUCCUAAGACUGAAUUGCAACUGCAGAAGCAACAAGUGACCCUUUUAAGAUGCUUGUAGGGCUGCACAGAAUGAAGAGGGAAACUGGAGAAAACAAUGAAAGGAGGAAAUGGAGACUGGAAGGCACCAGCACCAGGCCCAGGUACCAAAGCUUGGAGGUUUAAUAGGGAAAACCUGCUGUCUGCAAGCAAGUGAAAAAGCUGCACUUAGAAACCAUUUCUUUGCCCUUCAUGGAGUACCUGGAACUUGUACUGUGAGGCCCUUGAUGGGAUAAGUUCUCACCUGCCGAUCACCCAGUGACCGUCACCAUGGCCAGUAAGAGGAAAUCCACCACCCCGUGCAUGAUCCCAGUGAAGACGGUAGUGCUGCAGGAUGCCGGCGUGGAGGCCCAGCCUGCUGAGGCCGUACUCCCAGGACCCCAGCAGGAUCUGCCCCCAGAAGUGCCUGCCACCAGCAGUGAGGCAGCCCAGAAUUCCAGCAGCACUGAUGGCUCUGCACUGGCCAACGGGCAUCGGAGCACUUUGGAUGGCUAUUUAUAUUCCUGUAAAUACUGUGAUUUCAGAUCCCAUGACAUGACUCAGUUUGUGGGACAUAUGAACUCAGAGCACACAGACUUUAAUAAAGACCCAACUUUUGUAUGUGCUGCAUGCAGUUUUCUGGCAAAAACCCCCGAGGGGCUUUCCCUGCACAAUGCCAAGUGUCACUCGGGGGAAGCCAACUUUGUUUGGAAUGUGGCCAAACCAGACAAUCAUGUGGUCGUGGAGCAGAGCGUUCCCGAGAGCACCAACACCCCUGACCUAGCAGGCGAGUCCAGUGCCGAAGGGGUCGAUGGACAGGCAGAAAUCAUUAUUACCAAAACUCCAAUCAUGAAGAUAAUGAAAGGCAAAGCUGAAGCCAAAAAAAUCCACACAAUCAAGGAGAAUGUCCCCAGCCAGCCUGUGGGUGAGGCUUUACCAAAGCUGUCGGUUGGAGAAACAGAGGUGAAAGAGGGGGACCACUCCUUCAUCAAUGGGGCCAUCCCAGUCAGCCAGGCAUCUACCAGCUCUGCAAAACCCCCACAUGCUGCCAAUGGGCCCCUGAUUGGAACAGUGCCAGUUCUGCCGGCUGGUAUAGCACAGUUCCUGUCUCUCCAGCAGCAGCCCCCCGUGCACACCCAGCACCACGCCCACCAGACACUACCCACAUCCAAGGCCCUUCCCAAAGUGAUGGUCCCCCUAAGCAGCAUUCCAGCGUACAAUGCGGCCAUGGACUCCAACAGUUUCCUGAAGAACUCCUUCCACAAGUUCCCCUACCCAACCAAGGCCGAGCUCUGCUAUUUGACUGUGGUGACCAAGUAUCCAGAAGAGCAGCUCAAGAUCUGGUUCACAGCCCAAAGGCUGAAGCAGGGCAUCAGCUGGUCCCCUGAGGAGAUCGAGGAUGCCCGGAAGAAGAUGUUCAACACAGUCAUCCAGUCUGUGCCUCAGCCCACAAUCACGGUUCUAAACACCCCCCUGGUCGCCAGUGCUGGCAACGUCCAGCAUCUCAUCCAGGCCGCUCUCCCAAGUCACGUCGUGGGACAGCCAGAGGGCACCGCAGGGGGUCUUCUGGUCACUCAGCCACUGAUGGCCAAUGGGUUGCAAGCACCAAGUUCAUCUCUCCCCCUCACCGUUACAUCUGUCCCCAAGCAACCAAGCGUGGCACCCAUUAACACUGUGUGUUCAAAUACAACGUCAGCUGUGAAGGUGGUCAACGCGGCCCAGUCUCUCCUCACAGCCUGCCCCAGCAUAACUUCCCAAGCCUUCCUUGAUGCAAGCAUCUAUAAAAAUAAGAAAUCUCAUGAACAGCUGUCAGCUCUGAAAGGGAGCUUCUGUCGGAACCAGUUCCCAGGGCAGAGUGAAGUUGAGCAUCUGACCAAAGUAACUGGCCUCAGUACCCGAGAGGUGCGAAAGUGGUUCAGUGAUCGGAGAUACCACUGCCGGAACUUGAAGGGCUCCAGAGCCAUGAUGCCUGGAGAUCAUGGCUCCAUCAUUAUUGACUCUGUGCCAGAGAUGUCCUUCUGCCCAUCAUCCAAGGCCCCCGAGGUAACCUGCAUCCCGACAGCAGCCACAAUAGCAACCCACCCUUCUGCCAGACGACAGUCUUGGCACCAGACUCCUGACUUCACACCAACCAAAUACAAGGAGAGAGCCCCUGAACAGCUCAGAGUCCUGGAGAACAGUUUUGCACAAAACCCUCUUCCUCUUGACGAGGAACUGGACCGCCUGAGAAGUGAAACCAAAAUGACCCGAAGAGAAAUUGAUAGCUGGUUUUCAGAGAGACGGAAAAAAGUGACUGCUGAGGAGACCAAGAAGGCUGAUGAGAAUGUCUCUCAGGAGGAAGAGGAGGCUGCUGAGGAUGAGGGUGGAGAAGAGGAUUUGGCCAGUGAGCUUAGGGUCCCUGGUGAAAAUGGCUCCCCGGAAGUGCCUGGCAGUCAUACCUCAGCAGAGCGCAAAGUCAGUCCCAUCAAAAUCAACCUCAAGAACCUUCGGGUCACUGAAGCCAAUGGUAAGAGUGAGAUUCCAGGACUGGGUACCUGUGAGCCCGAGGAUGAUGGGUCAAACAAGCUGGCAGAGCAGCCCCCAGGCAAAGUGAGCUACAAAAAGACAGCCCAGCAGCGGCACCUGCUGCGGCAGCUCUUUGUCCAGACGCAGUGGCCAAGCAACCAGGACUAUGACGCCAUCAUGGCCCAGACAGGUCUGCCGCGGCCAGAGGUGGUGCGCUGGUUUGGAGACAGCAGGUAUGCCCUGAAGAAUGGUCAGCUCAAGUGGUACGAAGACUAUAAGCGGGGCAACUUCCCUCCAGGGCUGUUGGUCAUCACCCCUGGCAACCAGGAGCUCCUGCAAGACUAUUACAUGACACACAAGAUGCUGUAUGAGGAGGACCUACAGAAUCUCUGUGAAAAAACCCAGAUGAGCCCCCAGCAGGUCAAGCAGUGGUUUGCUGAGAAAAUGGGUGAGGAGACCCGGGCUGUGGUGGACACAGGCAUUGAGGACCAGGGCCCUGGUGCUGUUGAGCCUGCAGCAGUUUACAAAGGGAUGGGUGACACCUAUUCAGAGGUGUCCGAGAACAGUGAAUCAUGGGAGCCCAGUGUCCCUGAGGCCAGCUCAGAGCCCUUUGACACAUCAAGUUCCCAGGCUGGACUUCAGCUAGGCUGCCCAGCAGCAGGACAAACUGCCUGGUUGCUUCAGGGGACAACUGGCUGCAGAAGACAUGGGAGCACAGUAUAAUAAAGGGUUGAGAGAUAUUUUUUGUUUCAUGUUUUUUAAAAUUUUUUGCAGGGGAAAGAAUACAGUGAACCUAAAGGGGUCCAAGUUUUUCUAGCCAUUUCUUAGCAAUAGGAAAAUAGGUCAGAACAUCAUCUGAGUCAGGCAGAUCGAUCCACAGCCACUGAGUAGGAGAGAGCAAUGGGGCAUUAGAGGAAAUUCAGCUUGAAUUGGUGAACAAAAGGAAAGAUCCUUUAAUUGUCCCUAGAUACAUGCAGUGCUUUUUUCUGAUGAUGAAAAUCCUAUCUUGUAUUUCUGCUGUUCUUCCUGAUACAGAAGAAAUGUUUGUCAUAGUGGAAAAUCACCUUCCCUCUUGGACAUCUAUGAAAUCAAAAGCUUGAAUUUUGUUCCUCAUUUCUCUAGAUCAUACUUUCUUGAAAGUAAAAGUUAUUUAAAAUUUAUUUUAUUUAAUACAUAGAUUUGAAGCGACAGACAAGUCAUGUUAGUAGGUAUUGAUUUUCCAGGUUCUUGGUCCAUGAGUUCCCAGCCUCUCCCUUUCCUCCCCACCCUUGGUAUUUGUCUCCUCAUUAGAAGUCCCAUCACAGAACAGCCAGAAGCUCGGGCUAGAGCCAGGAGGGAGGAGCAUCGCAGAAGCUGAAAGGAUUGGGGGUUCCAAAAUGGCAGCUCUGCCAGCUGAUUGGUGUGGUGGAGGAGUGCAGGAAACACCCAGAAAGUAUCUUUACAAUUGGGCAGUAUGGCAGUUGGCCCCAAGGAACCUUGGCAUGAGCUGCUUCAGUAUGGGGCCUUGUGUUUGGCACCUCAUCCCCAGGACUGAAUAUAGUGCCCUGCCCCUCAGCCCACAGAACUUCCUGUAUGGUGUUCCAUUGUUUCCAUAGCUGACCAUUAUUGUUGUUUGUUUGUUUGGCCUGGCAAAUACCACCCCAGUUGCUUUCUACUUAAGACCUUCUAAAAAGACAAAUUAUUUUUCUUUCUCUAAAUAUUUUAAAUUGAUUUGAACACAACAAUUUGAAACAUAGGCUAUUGUUUCUUUACUCAAAGAAAAGGAGACUUCCAAGUCCACCCAUAAUUUGAGGGUGGGGCGUGCCAUGUUUCCCAUCUGUUUAGCAUUUGCAGAAAGCCUAUUCUUUUCAUGCUCACAUACUGAGGUGAAAAAUCCAGCUCUGCAAAACCCACACUGAGAGCAAACACCUGGUGGAGCCCCGAGUUGCCGGUCAGCAGUUACAAUGUGAGCACACAGGCACUGGCUUCUUCUGGCCUCCUCCAGCUCUGUCCAUGUUUCUACUAGGGCAAGACUUGGGGGAAAUGCUUCUCUUGUCUGGGCCCCACAGCUCACAGACAGCUUCAAAACGUGGCUAGUGGCACAUCCUGGAGUCAGAGCAGCACAUAAAUGAGAUUUUUUAUGGCUGGUUUGACCCUUUUUCAAUGCAGAGCAGGUUGUCUCUCCUCUUUCACUUGGAGGGCUUUGUGCAAGUGGUCUAAGUGUCCUUAUGUUGCAUUCAGCUCUAUGCUUCUGUGAUUACCAGUAGGCCAAGGUGUCAUCCUCAAAAUAGAUGAGGAUGUUCGAAUAAGUUUGUUACAAAAGCUGAUGUGAAAAGAGUGAUGUCAUGGAAGAUAGCAGAAAAGGAAGAUGGCACCAGGAAUCUGUUUCUCCACCUAAACAACUAUUGAACUAGCAGUAAUUAUCUGAGGCAACUAAUUUGGAGCUCUGGAAUCUAGUUGAACACUUGCAAUAUCCAGGAGAGAGCCUGAUGGAGAGGCUUGUUAGUUUUAGUGAAUUUUCUUGUUCCACAAAACAGCAUCCCCUUCCCCUAGCCUUGUAGCAGGUAACUGUGAUCCAGGUUCCUGGUGUAGCCUAUUGGUGCCAGGACUUUUGUCAUCCAAAAGUCACUAAAUUUGAUCACUGAGGGGCCAGCACAGAGGCUGGUCAUUGUUUCAACUUCUAUGGACUGAAGCAGCUUCCUAACCACAAGGGGAUUUAAACAGAAAGGCAACCUCUUUUUUUUUCUUUUCCCCCUUUUGACAAGCCAGACAUUUUAGGAAAUCUUAGAUCUCUGGUUGGCCACAGAGACAUCAGAACAGAAACUUUAGUGACUAUACACCACAAAGAAUAUACUUUGUAAAAAUAGUUUGGAAAAGUCACAGAUGGCUUCAGCUCUUACCAAGCAAAAGCCAGCAAUCUCUGAGGCAUGAGAGAAUUAGAUUUUUAGUUAUCAAAACAUAAUACUCAGAAUGUCCAGUUCUCAACAACAACAAAAAGAUGGUUCAUUCACAGGAGAAAAAGUAUUUGGCAGAUACCAUCCUUGAGGAAGUCCAGACAUUGAAAUUAUUAGUCAAAGACAUUAAAUUACCUGUCUUAAGUAUGUUCAAUGAGUUAAAGGAAACUCUGGACAAGAACUAAAGGAAGUCAGGGAAACUAUGCAUGAACAUAAUGAGAACAUCAGUUAGAUAGAAACUCUUAAGAGGAACCAAACAAAUUCUA